AAUAGAGCUGAUUGCCUUCAGGUCUUCCGCUCCGGGUCGUGAUAGUAUUCCAGGAAGAGUCGUCCCCGGCGUGGAGCGCAGAACUGCACCGAGUCGCUCAUGAAGUUAUGAGUAGAAAAUCGGGACCUUUUCAUUUGCACUAUGAUUGAUUCUCAGACCUGAUGUAUAGGAAGGGAGGUUCCGUGAUCACGCGUUGACUUGCAAGGAUAAAUGUCUCAAUCCGUUUCAACAUUUCGAUUUUCCCCAGCCUCCCGUUAUUACCUCCACAUUUUCAGGCAGUUCACGCAACUCCGUAUCCACAUACUUCAUGAACUUUCACGCAAUUUCAUAUUGAGCAACUUUCGGACAUUGCAAUCAACUUUCCACUGGUAAUAUCUCGACCUUGAUUCUGCACCUUGAUUAUUUCGACUUGCUUGUUUCCGCAGAUCUCUUCACCUCAUCGCUAGGUUGCCUCCCCGCGUUCUCAAUUCCAAUCCAUUUAAAAUGCCAAGCCAGAAGAGAAAGGCCAAUGGGCAUGUUUGCGAAUGCUUCAAAGCCCACGAAACGAAAGACGAGUGUGAGAAGCAGGCAUUGGUCAACGAACGCGAAGACUGCGGAGCAAAACAUCGAGCCAUUACGGCGCAGGUCAUUCUAUACAGCGAGACAGUAGAAGUUUUGGCCGGGAACGAAGAUAAGCAGACAUUCAUCGUCCACAGAGACCUGCUGGCUUUGCAUUCAGCCUACUUCCUCGACCUCUUCAAGGACAAAGGCCGCGGCGUCGAUAAACAAAUAUUGAUCUCCAUGAAGCCAUCCCUCUUCGCUGACUUCGUGUCGUGGGUAUACUUUGGAGAGUUCUUGAAGGUGGAGAAUGACGCCCUGGAAGGCGCUGCGUCGGUAGACGACCUCUGGGAGUGGGGGCGUGUCUUCAAAGCUCCAGCCUUCCAAAACUUCUGUAUGGACGACUGCAGAGCAUAUUGCAAGUCGUCAGAUACUAAUCCCACGAAAAAUCCAUGGCCAUUUAUCAACGGUAUCAAGCAGAUGUAUUCCACCACGCCCAAGGAAUCUCAACUUCGAAAGCUGGCCGUCAACUCUUUGUCAUACAAGAACCCCUUGCAUAAGUAUAGGAAGGGUAGUGCUGCUUGGAAGGAAUGGAAAGCAUUGCUUACUGGGCAGGACUCGCAGGAGGCGUGGAUCAAUGAUCUGAGAGAGGAUUUUUCACUUGAAGCUGGCAAAGACUGGAAGAAGAUACCACCCUGGGACGACCAACACCGGAAUGACUACAUGGAGAAAGAAAUCGCGUUGGAGGACCGUUGGGACGCGCAGAUAUUGGCUAGACCAAUAGCCGCCAUCAAGAGCGCCGCAUUGGCCAAGACGGACGUCCGAAGUAUCAUCGAGUGGGCACAUCUUCAGCGAGGCGUAAAGUCCGAGCAGGAGUGAUCCGUUUCGACUCUUGGAAGAAGCGAGUACGACGGCAUGAAGACAGGAACCGCUGACAAGUAACCAGCAUUUCUUCGCAGGAAACCGAAUAAGAAAAAUCAUUUCGCAUGUGGAAAGGCAUUUGCAUGAAGAGAGGCAUCUCGCUUACAGUAAGCGCGUUGCGGGCAUAAUCUUGCUAUUCUUACCCGCUCUUACUUUCGUUGUCAGGGAUUAUUCUAUAAUUGUAGGAAACAGGGACCUUGAGUUCUUAGUGGUACAAAUCGAUUAAUACAUCAUGAAAAGAAACUAGCUGCAAUCUUCGAAUCUAAGAUGUAAUAUAUCCUGAG